AUGAGACCUUUACUCACAUCUGUAGUCCGACAACAGCAGGCGAGGAUCCUGACUCGAUCGCAGCAGCUUUCGGAACAGCAGUACGGAAGAGAAGAACUAUAUGACAAAAGGACCAGUUUCAUUUGUCUCUUUGCUCGUCAUCACGCUCCGCUAACAGCAGGCCAAGGUCAGCACGAUAAAAAUAUCAUAAGAAUGGAGUACAAGUUCUACUAUUUCCCCGGACGUGGACUCGGAGAGAUUUCUCGCCAGCUGUUCGCCUUGGCUGGUGUUAAAUAUGAAGACAUUCGCGUUAGCAAAGAACAUUGGCCACAGUAUAAGCCAAAGAUGCCAUUCGAGCAAAUGCCCGUCCUGGAAGUUGAUGGACAACAGAUCCCACAGUCGUUGGCUAUUGCACGCUACUUGGCACGAAAAUUCGGAUAUGCGGGAAAGACUCCCUACGAAGAAGCUAUUGUAGACGCAAUUGCGGAUCAAUACAAGGAUUUCUAUGUUCAAAUAAAAGAAUACUACUAUCCAGCCCUGGGACUUGCUGAAGGAGAUGUGGAAGCUGCAAAGAAAAACAUCUUGAUCCCUGCACGUGAUCGAUUCCUUGGCUACAUGACCAAUUAUCUCAAGAAGAGCAGCUCUGGUUUCCUCGCCGGCAACGAUCUAACAUAUGCUGAUUUGAUCAUCGCUGAGCACGUUUUUACUAUGCGUAGCGUGUUCCCGGAGUACACUGAGGGUUUCCCAGAGAUCGAAGCACACUAUGAGAAGGUCACCUCUGUACCGGCUCUCAAACACUGGAUGGAAACUCGCCCAAAAACUCAGUUCUAG